AUGGACCUCACUGACGCCACUUGCGUUCCCACCGGGGGCCAAUUCCAACACCCGGCUCCUGCCAUGAUCGACUUCUCGUGGGCGCCACCCCUCUACGAGCACCCCGUGCACCACCGCCGUCCCGUCCGGAUCGCCGCUGUCGGCGCUGGGUUCAGUGGCCUAUGUGCCGCUAUCCACUUCCAGGAAGGACUCGAGGACUUUGAGUUGACCAUCUACGAGAAGGCAGACGAUGUGGGCGGAGUCUGGAACGCCAACCGGUAUCCUGGUGUCGCGUGCGAUGUCCCCUCACACAGCUACCAGUUUUCCUUUGCCGAGAACACCCAGUGGUCCGCAUACUAUGCGCCCGGACGCGAGAUCCAUCAGUAUCUCCGCAACGUCGCUUCACAGUAUGACUUGAACAAGUAUAUCAAGCUUCGCCACAGUGUGCGUUCGGCCACAUGGGACAUUGACCAAGGUCAAUGGACCGUCGAGGUUGAGGAUCUCGCCACAGGCCAGGUGUUUACGGACACGGUCGACUUUGUGGUCUACGCUACAGGGCUCUUGUCCAAGCCACUGUGGCCUAACAUUCCAGACAAGGAGGAGUACAAAGGGACGUUGCUGCACUCGGGUACCUGGGACGCGGCCGAGUUCGAGUCCCAGCUUGGGUUCAGUUGGGGGGAUAAGCGGGUUGGCGUUAUCGGAGCGGGUGCCAGUGCUGUCCAAAUCGUGCCAUACCUUCAGAAGAGGGCCAAGGAGGUCAUCAACUUUGGACGGAGUAAAGUGUGGUUGGCCUCGGGCUGGGGAUCCAAGAUGCUCAGCGCUCUGCAGCCAGACAACGAUGACGGCCGAAACUACGUCUUCACCGAGAAGCAGAAAGAGCUGUUCAAGGAAUCGCACACAUACCGCGCGUGGCGUGCCGAGAUUGAGCGUGACCUCGGCUCGAGCCACCAGCUCACCCUUCAGGGAAAUCCCCUCCAAGCUGUCUACAAGGAAAAGCUUACUGGCCUCAUGACCAAGAAGUCGCUGAAGAAACCCGAGGUGGCCGAGGCCCUCAUGCCCGAUUUUCCCGUUGGGUGCAAACGCCUGACCCCGGGCCCGGGAUACAUUGAGGCCCUUUGUGAGGACAACUGUGAUCUGGUCACCACCCCCAUUGAGCGAUUCACACCCAACGGCAUUAUGACCGCCGACGGAGUCGAACACGAGUUUGACAUCAUCGUCUGCGCGACGGGAUACAACGUCAAUGGUGUCCCUGGGUUCCCGAUCUACGGUAUCGGUGGUGUCAAUAUCCAGGACGCGUGGAUGAAGGAAUCGCGCACAUACCUCGGUCUCUUCUCAGCGGAGCUUCCAAACCACUUCCACAUCCUUACCCACCAGUCCGCUGUUGGUUCAGGUUCUCAGCUCGUUGUCCUCGAACGUCAGUGCCAGUACAUGACCAAAGUCAUCGCCAAGUGCCAGCGGGACGGAUACCGGUCUAUCGUGCCCAAGAAAUCAGCCGUCGACGAUAACAUGAAGUAUGCGGACGACUACUUCAAGCGCGCCGUCUACUCGACCAACUGCAAGAGUUGGUACAAGGUUGGACAAGCCGGUGCCGCGACUAUUCGCUCCAUCUGGCCUGGUUCCGGCCUGCAUUAUUACCAGGCGUUGAAGCACCCUCGGUGGGAGGACUUUGAGUAUGAACGAGCCAAUACGCACGACCAUUCGAUGAGCUGGCUCGGCAACGGUGACUCGCUGCCUGGCAUUGACGGCGCUACGGUUUAUCACGACAUGCGGUCGUUCUACAAGUCGCACGUCACUUUCAACUAG